AUGGCUGCUGGAGAUAACAGCGGCAGGCCUCCUUGCCUUAAUUUCUCGGCUCCUGGUCCUUUGGGAAACAGUCAGCCCAGUAACAGCGUUUUUUCCAUGCCAGCGUCUAACGGCGGAGCGGUCGGUUCGUCUGGUGGACCACAGGUAGCCGCGCGGCGUCCCAAUCCACAGCUGGGGCCUGGUGGCGGAGACAGCAGCGGUGUUUCUUCCGGAGUUCCGCCGGCGGCGCAGAACUCCCUGCAGCAGCCUGCUGCGGCGGCUACCGCCAUGGCCACCCCGGCGUCCAACAUGAUAGCCACAGCGGCGUCAAACGCGUCCGCGGCAUCAGCGCCGACCCCUGCAGCUGCGUCCGUGCUGGUGUACCGAGAACCGGUGUACAACUGGCAGGCAACGAAAAGCACCGUGAAGGAAAGAUUCGCUUUCCUGUUCAACAAUGAGGUGCUGAGUGACGUUCAUUUUUUAGUGGGCAAAGGAAUGGGCGUCCAGAGGAUACCUGCGCACAGGUUUGUUCUCGCUGUGGGCAGUGCAGUGUUUGAUGCAAUGUUUAACGGUGGGAUGGCGACCACCUCAACUGAAAUAGAGCUUCCAGAUGUGGAGCCUGCUGCCUUUCUGGCCCUGCUAAAAUUCCUGUACUCUGAUGAAGUCCAGAUUGGGCCUGAAACAGUGAUGACUACACUAUAUACAGCCAAGAAGUAUGCAGUGCCAGCCCUGGAGGCUCACUGUGUGGAGUUCCUCAAGAAGAAUCUGAGAGCGGACAAUGCUUUCAUGCUGCUUACACAGGCACGCUUGUUUGAUGAGCCUCAGCUUGCUAGCCUCUGUCUAGAAAACAUAGAUAAGAACACUGGAGAUGCGCUUGCUGCUGAAGGCUUUACAGACAUAGAUUUGGACACAUUGGUGGCAGUGUUGGAGCGGGAUACUCUGGGAGUGAGGGAGGUACGUUUGUUUGGAGCUGCAGUGCGUUGGGCUGAGGCAGAAGCACACAGGCAACAGCUGCAACCCACGCCAGAGAACAAACGUAAAGUCCUGGGCAAAGCUCUCACGCUCAUCCGCUUUCCGCUCAUGACCAUUGAGGAGUUUGCUGCAGGCCCAGCCCAGUCCAGCAUUCUGACUGAUAGAGAAGUGGUGAGUCUUUUUCUCCACUUCACUGUGAACCCAAAGCCACAUGUUGAUUUCAUUGAUCGGCCUCGCUGCUGCCUCCGCGGGAAGGAGUGCAGUAUUACACGCUUUGGACAGGUGGAAAGUCGCUGGGGCUACAGUGGUACAAGUGACCGGAUACGGUUUUCUGUAAACCGAAGGAUAUUCGUGGUUGGCUUUGGCCUUUACGGCUCCAUACAUGGACCCACAGAUUAUCAAGUCAACAUACAGAUAAUUCACACAGACAGCAACACCGUGCUGGGCCAGAACGACACAGGCUUCAGCUGUGACGGGUCGGCAAACACCUUCAGAGUUAUGUUUAAGGAACCAGUGGAGAUAUUACCCAAUGUCAACUACACUGCCUGUGCCACACUUAAGGGUCCAGAUUCUCAUUAUGGCACAAAGGGAAUGAGAAAAGUAACACACGAGUCAUCAUCAACAGGCACAAAGACCUGCUUCACCUUCUGCUAUGCAGCUGGUAACAACAACGGCACUUCUGUAGAGGAUGGACAGAUUCCAGAGGUUAUCUUCUACACAUAGUCCCUCUGCAUCAUCCUUCCAGCUCAUGUGAUAAUCCGAAGUCAUCAUGGGGCCAGAACACGGUGCCAGUCUCUGACAUCAAACUGUUUUCUAUGUAGAGCACUACUGUUGAUACAUGGGAAAUCAAAUGGCCGUCAGGUGAUGUUGGCCACUACACUGGGGAUAGCUUGUCAUUUGAGAUGCUGUCUCCUACAGCUUGUUUUAUGCUAUUUGGUUUUAGUCACAUCAGCGUUCUAAACAAAUAUAACCCAACAAUGCAAGGGAAGGACAGAAGAGGAGCCUCUUGGACUCAUCACAGUAGUGAUGUCACUGCUGUGAAUUGAAGGCAUGAUACAGAGUAUUUUACAAGUACUUGCUCUGUCAUUCUUUCCUGUACUACACUGCAUUAGUGCAAGGAAGUAUUGGAAGUGCAUAAUGUAUUGAUUUUCUGAGAAAUCAUUGUCCUCAGCUGUUCAGUGCAGAGUGAGAUUUUAUGAUUCCGCAUCAGCUGUAAACUUCAUUGAGUCGGAGUUCACUAGCCUUGACAAAUUUGGCCCCAAGUUGUAAAUCUUAAUCACAACUAUAGUAAGAAAUUCUGUUUCUACAUAUAGUGUUCUUGCUUGGUAGUUGCCAAUACCCCAAAUAUUUUGCACUACUUAGUCUGGCAUGUGUGUUUGUUUGCUGUAUGGAUGCACGCUGGGAUACUUUAUUUCUGGCUUUACUUUAAAAAGUGUUGGUGGAAGAGACAUUUUCCUUUUGGUGCAAAACAGUCAUAUGUAUGAUAAAGUGGC